GUUUGCAGACGACAAAGAAGAUCAAGAGACCUUUACACAUCCAAUGAUGUUCCUGGCCAUCAGCACGCUUUCUGUCUUAUUAAUGCUACCCGCUCAACAUAUGGGAAUGGUCCCACCUUGUCCCCAUUUGGAUCCAGAACUGGAACUCUGGCAGCCAGGACACGAUGAAGGGAAUCGCGUGAACAUUAGCCAGGGCCAGAAGCUUCUCUUAUCUUCUUCUGCCACUGUUCAUUCCAUCGUCAUCACAAAUGGAGGAAAACUAGUGAUUAAAGAUAACACAGCCCCCAUUGUUUUGCGCACUCGUCAUAUACGGAUAGAAAAUGAUGGAGAACUACAUAUUGGGAGUGAGAACUGCCCUUUCCGGAGCAGCCUGACAAUCAUCUUAUAUGGACGGGCUGAUGAUGGCAGGCAGCCUGACAGUUAUUUUGGGCGAAAAUUCAUUGGCGUCAUCAACGGUGGAACUCUUGAGGUUCACGGUGAGCGAAAGCUGUCCUGGACUUUCUUAAACAAGACUCUGAAUCCAGGGGGAUUGGAAGAAGGGGGAUACUACUUCGAACGAAGCUGGGGACAUCGUGGUAUCAUCGUCCAUGUCAUUGAUCCAAAGACUGCAGCUGUCAUCCAUUCCGAUCGAUUUGACACCUACAAACUCAAAAGCGAAAGCCUCCGCUUUGUGCAAUAUUUGAACGCUGUGGAGGACGGCAUGAUCUUGUCGGUCGCGGUCAACGACGAAGGCUCCAAGAAUUUGGACGACUUGGCCAGGAAAGCAAUGACCAAACUGGGCAGCAAGCAUUUUCUCCACCUUGGCUUUAGGCAUCCCUGGAGCUUUAUUACAGUCAAAGGAAAACCUUUGUCAUCUGUGGAAGAUCAUGUUGAAUAUCAAGGACGCAAAACUUCAGCUCUAGCCAAAGUAUUCAAAUUGUUCCAGGCAGAAAAUGGAGAGCGUUUCAAUGUGUCUUCAACCAGUGAGUGGGUUCAAGAUGUUGAGUGGACUGAGUGGUUUGAGAAGCCAAAAAUAUCAAAAUCCAAAGAUGGAGAGAGACUCUCGGAUUUAAGAGCUGCUCACCCAGAAAUCUGUGAUCAUCCUAUCGAUCUCCAGGCGGUCACACUUGAGGGAACGAAACUGGCAACCGAGGUCCUAUACAAAAAAGGCCAUGAUUAUAGGUUUUUUUGCCGUGGCCCAAAGCAGACGGAGAAAGGCUGUCAUAACUACAGAGUGCGCUUCUUAUGUGGCCAAUCUGUAAGACCCAGGCUUACCGUGCGGGUGGAUACCAACGUGAACAGUACAAUCCUAAGACUGGCUGACAAUGUGCAGUCGUGGAAAGUGGGAGACAAGAUCGUGGUGGCCAGCACGGACUACUCCAUGUACCAAGCUGAAGAGUUUGAGCUCUUGCCCUGCAGAGCCUGUAAGCCCAACGAAGUCAAAGUGGCAGGAAAAGCCAGCUACCUUCACACAGGAGAGAUAAUUGAUGGGGUUGAUAUGCGGGCUGAAGUCGGACUGCUCACCCGAAACAUUCUGGUGAUGGGCGAGAUGGAGGCGAGAUGUUACGAUUACAAUGCUCAUCUGUGCUCCUUCUUUGAUUUUGAUACUUUUGGUGGACACAUCAAGAUUGGACUUGGGUUUAAAUCUGUCCACAUGGAAGGCGUGGAGUUGAAGCAUAUGGGCCAGCAGUUGUUGGGACACUACCCAAUUCACUUCCACAUGGCUCAAGACGUGGAUGAGAAGGGAGGCUACCAGCCCCCUACUUAUGUGAAAGACAUGUCCAUCCAUCACACCUUCUCUCGUUGUGUCACCGUGCAUGGCUCCAACGGUUUGCUGAUUAAGGACGUGGUUGGGUAUGACUCUUUGGGUCAUUGUUUCUUCACUGAAGACGGCCCUGAAGUACGUAAUACCUUUGAUCACUGCCUCGGACUUGUGGUAAAACCAGGCACUUUGCUACCGUCGGACCGGGACACAAGAAUGUGCAAGACCAUUACUGAAGAUGCUUAUCCAGGAUAUGUCCCCAAACCUAGACAGGACUGCAAUGCCGUCUCAACUUUCUGGCUGGCAAACCCACACAACAACCUCAUAAACUGCGCAGCGGCAGGAUCCGAAGAAACAGGAUUUUGGUUUGUUUUGCAUCACGUACCAACAGGACUUUCUGUCGGAAUGUACCCACCUGGCUAUUCGGAGCACAUUCCAAUGGGCUCGUUUUAUAAUAAUCGAGCCCACUCCAAUUACCGAGCUGGAAUGAUAAUUGACAACGGAGUUAAAACAACGCCAGCAUCAGCCAAAGACAAACGGCCAAUCCUGACUCUGAUUUCUGGAAGGUACAGCCCACACAAGGAUGCUGACCCUUUGAAGCCCAGAGAGCCGGCUCUAAUUCAGCGUUUUAUCGCUUACAAGAACCAGGACCACGGAGCAUGGUUGAGAGGAGGAGAUGUGUGGUUGGACGAUUGCCAGUUUGCUGACAACGGCAUUGGCCUCACUCUGGCAAGUGGUGGAACUUUCCCGCACGAUGACGGAUCAAAACAAGAAAUUAAAAAUAGCCUUUUUGUUGGUGAAAGUGGAAAUACAGGGACCGAAACAAUGGACAACAACAUCUGGGGACCUGGAGGAUUAGACCACGGUGGACGGACUUUGCCCAUUGGACAGAACUUCCCAAUCAGAGGCAUUCAGUUCUACGAUGGGCCAAUCAAUGUUCAGAAUUGCACUUUCCGAAAAUUUGCUGCACUAGAAGGCCGACAUACCAGUGCUCUGGCUUUCCGCCUGAACAAUGCCUGGCAAAGUUGUCCCAACAACAACGUCACAAAUUUGUUCUUCGAAGAUGUCCCGAUUUCCUCUAGAGUUUUCUUUGGGGAACCUGGACCUUGGUUCAAUGGGUUGGACAUGGAUGGCGAUAAAACAUCAGUUUUCCAUGAUGUCGAUGGCUCUGUGUCAGAAUAUCCUGGAUCAUACCUUAUCAAGGAGGACAAUUGGCUCAUUAAGCAUCGAGACUGCAUCGAAGUUCCAGACUGGAGAGGAUCCAUCUGUAGUGGACGCUACGCACAGGUGUACAUCCAAGCAUAUAAAUCAUCCAAUCUGAAGAUGAAAAUCAUCAAAAAUGACUUCUACACGCACCCCUUGUAUUUAGAAGGCGCUCUGAGCAAAAGUACCCAUUAUCAACAAUACCAGCCUGUGAUCACUCUGCAGAAAGGCUACACCAUCCAUUGGGACAAGGCAGCUCCUGAGGAAUUAGCUAUCUGGCUCAUCAAUUUCAAUAAGAAUGACUGGAUCCAAGUUGGAUUUUGUUAUCCUAAAGGGACAACAUUUUCCAUUCUCUCAGAUAUUCACAAUCGCCUUUUAAAGAAAACCUACAAAACUGGGGUGUUCUAUCCAGCUUUUCAAAUGGACAGACUUGAAUAUCGAUAUCCUACCAAAGGCUAUUACUACUGGGAUGAAGACACUGGGUUGUUAUUUCUCAAGCUGAAAGCUCAGCAUGAGAAGGAGCCAUUUGCUUUCUGUUCCACCCGAGGCUGUGAACGCAUCAGGAUCAAAGCCAAUAUCCCUAAGCAAACUGGUACCAGUGACUGUGAAGUUUUAGCUUAUCCAAAAUAUGCUGAGAAGCCAACAGUGGACGUGCCAAUGCCCAAAAAACUGCCCAGUGCACACAUGAACAAGAAGGAUCGUUUUGUAGAACUGAAGAUAGACAGCUACAAAACCAAAUAUUAUCAUCUCAAGGAUGACUUUGCCUACAUCUCAGUUGAUGGCAAGUCAUUCUAUCUUUCUGAAGAAGGCAUUCAAGUAGUAGUGAUUGACGGUCACGAAGGAAAAGUUGUUGACCGGAAGAGUUUCAAAAAUAUUAUUCUGCAAGGAAUCCCAGCUCAGAUCAUCAAUUAUGUCAACAACAUUCGAAACAACUCUAUAGUGGUGAUGACCUCAAAAGGACGGUUUGUUUCAAAAAGUCCAUGGACCAAAGUCCUGGAGACACUUGGAGCAAAACCAGGCUUUAAAUUAAAAGAUAAAAUGGCUUUUGUUGGCUACAAGGGCAGCUUCCAGCCUUUCUGGAUCAAGCUGGAGACCAACGAGGAGGCCGUGAGAAUCUUUCAAGCGCUGCCCGUUCCCGUGGUCAAGAAAAUGAAACUCUGA